UGAGACAAGGGGUCUGUGGCCAGCGUAACAAGGAAUGAAGGCCCAGAGCCGGCUCAAGUCAUCGGCUCAGCCUCUUGAACGCUCGUUCAUCCUCCCCUUGUCAGAACCUUCAUUGAAGGAACUUCACACACGCCGUGCGCCACUUGGCUUGAGCACACACAAGGCACAAACCUCAUGGUUUCAAGAAGCGCUCUGCCCUUUCAUGCCAGGCUGCUGGAAAAUAUCAAAAGCAAACUGCCUGUUGUUAUGUAUGUUUGCUGCUUUGCUUGCUUCAGUGCUGCUUCGACUCAUUGCUGCUGUUCGGCUUCUCUUGCUUGCAUUCAAUCCUGACAAGGGCUGUGGUCUGCCAAGCACCCUCCAAGAAACUGUCCAGCAUACGUGAUAUGGCAGUGGCUAAAUGCUGCUGAAGGACACUCAGCAAAAAGAACAGGACUCCUUUUGCUGAUGGGCUUCUGUCAUGCACUGCGUGAGACUCCUACAAAGCAAAAACAGCAUUACACCGCAACAAUGGCACUCAGCCCACCAGAAACACAAGCUGCGCCAUCCAGAACUAGUCGAAUCCAACCUCCACCCAUCUUUAGGCAGUCGCAGGAACAUCUGCCCAGCUACAUGCACAUAAGCGCGGCCCGCUACACUGCUGCGAUGGUACAACGCUACAUGCAAGUGCUAGCUGACCUAGCCAAGGGUCACACGCACUGUGCGUGAGACAAGAGGUCUGUGGCCAGCGUAACAAGGAAUAAAGGCCCAGAGCCGGCUCAAGUCAUCGGCUCAGCCUCUUGAACGCUCGUUCAUCCUCCCCCUUGUCAGAACCUUCAUCGAAGGAACUUCACACACGCCGUGCGCCACUUGGCUUGAGCACACA